AUGGAUCCCGCCUCAAUUUUCGGGCUCGUCUCCGGCGGCGUGCAGGUCGUGCAGGCCAUCACCUCCACCGUCCAGAGCCUCAACCAGCUCGUCGGCAAAUUCAGAGAGGCCGAAUCUCAAGAUUCAAUCCCUGAUUCAGGAGUUAACCUGUAUCGGCACGGCGCUGACGAACCUGCGCGAGGCUGCGGCGUUGUCAUGGAUGUCGUCUCGCGAGAUGUGUCCACUCUCGUGCAGAGUACCCGCGAAGACGGUAUGAACAGUUUUUGGGCUAGAAUUCGGGUGGAGUGGAAUGAGGAGACUAUGCGCGGCCACCAGGAGAAGUUGCAUGUGCAGGUUAUGGCCUUGCAGUUGUUGUUUCAGUUUUGUCAGUGCCAUACGACAAGUGAGCAGAUGAGGUUGCUGGGAACGGCGACGACGAGGAGAAUCUUUCAUCGUGAUGCCGAUGAUACGGCGACUAUCUUGUCCACCCGCGGGAGCCGCGGCACGUCGUACGCCGGGAGUAUUUCACAGGGGAGUAGGCAAUCAAUCGGUCAGUCCGACUUUGACAGGGCGAUAGCAGAGUCCUCAGCCUACCACCGAGUGCUGGAGCAUACGAUUCGCGACUUGGAUGCUGCCUCGUUGGACUAA